AUGACACCUCCUAACCCAGUCCUGCGAAGGCAGGUGAUAGCCAUAUACAAAGAGCUUCUCUACCUUGGACGAGACUAUCCCUUGGGAUAUGAUUAUUUUAGACCUCGGCUUCACAAGGCCUUUAUGAGCAAGGCAGAGGAGCGGGACGAUGAGGCAAUUAAGAAGGGUCUUGCCCAUGCAGAAUUCGUCAAGAAAGAGAUUGAAGCCUUAUACUACUUAAAGCGAUACCGCACGCUGCGAAAGCGUUAUGAUCCGGAUGCAUGA